GCCUGGAUCAGAAGCCCUAGCCCAGUGGGACAGCCCCAUGCAGGUGAAGUUGUCAGCCUGGAGGCCAGGUCUCAACACCCUGCUAGUGGAGCUCAUUCCCUGGGCCCUGUUGACCAACCACUCUACAUGGGACCUCUGGCUGUUUGAGGGAGAGACCAUCGUCCUGCAGAUACCCGCUGGAAAGACCAUCGUUCCUCCUAACUUCAAGGUGAGAGAGGAGAGACCAUAGAUUUCUAUAGACUGGUUUGGAAUGUAUCACUGACCAAGAUGGCUGCCAUUAUUAUUCUAGAAUUAUGCAGGUCUUAUAUCAGGUCUUAUAUCAGAUUUUAUAUGGCCAAUUUAUUAGGUACAUCUAGCACCAAGUCAAACCCCCCUUUGCCUCCAGAACAGCCUGAAUUCUUCGGGGCAUGGAAACAUUGCUCAAUUGGUAUCAAGGGACCUAACCUGUGCCAGGAAAACGUUCCCCACACCAUUACACCACCGCCACUAGCCUGUACCGUUGACACCAGGCAGGAUGGGUCCAUGGACUCAUGCUGCUGACGCCAAAUCCUGACUGUCAUCAACAUGACGCAACAGGAACUGGGAUUCGUCGGACCAGGCAAUGUUUUUCCACUCCUCAGUUGUCCAGUGUUGGUGAUGGCGUGCCCACUGGAGCCGCUUCUUCUUGUUUUUAUCUGAUAGGAGUGGAACCCGGUGUGGUCGUCUGCUGCAAUAGCCCAUCCAUGACAAGGACCGACGACUUGUGCAUUCCGAGAUGCCGUUCUGCACACCACUGUUGAACUGUGCCGUUAUUUGCCUGUUUGUGGCAUUCUUGCCAUUCUCCUUUGACCUCUCAUCAACGAGCUGUUUUCACCCACAGGACUGCUGCUGACUGGAUGUUUUUUGUUUGUUGCACCAUUCUUGGUAAACCCCAGUAGAGCACAGUGGAGCCCAAUAGAGCACAGUAGAGCACACUGGAGCCCAGCAGAGCUCAGUGUCAGUCCUUCCUCUAGUCUAGAUGAGAUGACUGGACCAUGCCUUCAGUGGCUACACAUGUCUUCUCACUCACUACACACACACACACACACAGGGCAGAGGAGUCCCCCCUCACAGCCCAUCUCUCCUGUUUAAAGUCUGUCUGUCUGUAGGGGUUCCUGCCUCAAACCUUGGUAGUCUGUCUGGUAUCAAAGGAUAAAGGCUGAUAUAUUCAGGAAACUAACUUAAAGCCCUAAAUGUGUAAUAGUCUGUGAAACAGAAACAAAUAAAGCAUUGUUUCCAUAGCACCCGCGAUUUAUGAGGUAACGGCCGAGAGGAGCUGGCACUGGCCGACUCAGAGAGCUGGGCUUUGUUGGAGAGGGGAGUGUGUGUGUGUUUGCGUGUUAAGUGUGUGUGUGCUUCCCCUCAGUGAGUGAGGUCCCCUGAUAGACAUCAAGUAUUUUAGGCGCUUCUAUCUGAUUGAAUGUAUUCACAUCAUAAUCCACAGAUUGACUUGAAACCUCGGCUCCAUCCUCUAUCUGCCUCUCCCUCCCCCUCCACUCGCUCUCAGUGAUCUCUCCACCUCCACCCACCCCUCUCUCUCCCCCAUCCCUCCCUCCCCUCCACCCUGCCCUCCCUCUCUCUCUCUCUCCCUCCCCCCCCUCCCUCCUCUCUCUCUCUCUCUCUCUCUCUCUCUCUCUUUCUCUCUCUCUCUCUAGGAGGCGUUUCAGCUGGGUAUCUACUGGGCCCACACUAACACGGUCCAUAAAUCUACAGCCCUGAACCUGGUCCAUGACCUGACGUCUCCGCGCUGGAAGGAGGGUGUCAGUCCUGAUGUCCUCACCCUGGAUGAGGAGGGCUGUGUGGAGGCAGAGAUCACCCUG